CUCUUCCAAACCAAGACACUGUCCUUUAUCGCUCUCUUCCGUACCAAGUUGUAUCCUCCACUACUGCCUUCUUCCAGACACGCUGCACAGUUGCGCGUACGAGACUGCAACGCGGUCAGAUCCUCUGCACACCUCCUUCCGCAUCCCACCCUACCACAUGCAUUCCUAGUCCGACAUCACCUCUUUCCCGGCCUGCUUCUGGACUGCCCGCACCCCUCGUUGUGUUCCGUUCCACCUCGGUGAACCAGUCCACUGAUCCUGGGCAUUCUGCCUGAAGAAUAGCCAUCGGACAGUUUGAUAUACUCUUUGUGCAAACUCCGGCGCAUUCUUCACCUUCCUUUCUCCGCUCCAGCCACAUUGGCAAUAUUGGACGUCCCAAAGCAAACAACGGAUGAGACAAUAAAGAGACUGGGCCAAUAAAUACCGGCUGGUGGAAGGGUUUGGCCAGGCUGGCGCAAGCCAGGAGAGCAUUGUAGCUAGGUGGUGUGGUUACUGUCUUCCUUCUGCUCUACAAAAGUCCGUCCCCGCCUAGUGUCUGCCUAUGCGUGGCACGGUUCCUACCUCCCAGCAUCCUACCGCCCUCCCUUCCGACGUCAAUGCCUUUGGGAUCUGAUUGCUCUUGACUGCUAUGGACACCCGCGAGUUUGCCACGAGAGACGAAUUGUGGCGCAUUCAAGAGACACUGAACGACCUCUCUGCAACCCAGGCCCUCCAUUCAGAUCGCAUCAUGCGUUUGGAGCAGAAGAUCCCUGAUGGGAGCAGACCUAGAAGUCUGUGGGGGGCGAGCUCUCCUUUCCCCUUGGGCUCUUCGCAUCAUGAAUCGACACUCAACCCCGCCGCCGAAGCUUUCCGCAAUUUUGACGCAGAUCCUAUGAUAAGUUCCUUGACCUUGGAUCCCACUGACGACUCACGGAGGGCCGCCGCAUCAAGGGCCAACUCAGUACGGUUCGACGAGAGCGCCAACAACCACUAUGGCUCCUCAAGACAGUCAAUGGAAUUGCCCACACGUACAGGCAGUGGACUUGGUGGUCACGCGCUCUCAGAAAGAUCUCUUUCACAUCGUUCUGACGGGAGGCCCACGCCCUCUGGGUUUGGUCGGACAAACAGCUUUGGUCUUGAACAGAGUCGACUGCUUGGGUCAAUACACAACUCGCCGCGAGUUUCAGGCAAUCCUCCACCAGGCUUCUUCAUCUUAGGACCGUGUCCGGCCAUCAUCCGUUGCUGGCUGACUCAGUCGUUUUCCAACAGCUCACUCCUCUACGCCGCCAUGUGCACCGGUUCGACGGUUUCGUCUGUCAGCUAUUCAUUGUUAUGCAAACUUGACCUGACAGAGUCCAUAUUUGGAGAAGGGGGUGAUCGCUCUGUUCGACUACCCGUUUAUCUGACCGAAGCCAAAAUCCACAGUCCUGCUGCUGUCAGAUCAGCUAGUCCAGUGUCACCAAUCCCUGCCCUGAUGGUCAAGUUUGUGGUCGAUGAACAGACGGUGACCGAUACGUCGAUACAGAUCAUCCUCGGCAGCGACGUUCUGAGAUCACACAAUGCCGACAUUUUGUUCUCACAGGACAAGGUCAUGAUUUUCGACGAGGAACGAAAUCAAGUCUCGAUUCCGUUGUGUAGACCUGAAGACGAUAGCUCUUUCAAGGAUCUGUGCACGGUCUCUCGCCAUCGAUCGUUGUCAAUCGGUGAAACUCUACCGCCCCCCGCUUCACCGGUGGGAGUCAUUGGCCAACCAGAAAGACUCAACACAGCCCAGAACACUGUAUCACCGACUGCAGCUCAACCCAGUAGCUUGCCUUCUGCCACACCGUCCGAACCGGGAGAUAUGCAUCGAGCGGAUCAACACAUGGAGCCGUUGACACGAAGCAGUCUGGAUAUGUCUCAAGCAAAGCCUGCCGACGACUCCAAGUCUACGACUGGGAGUGAGAAGUCAUUCACCACGCCAAUGUCCAAAUCUGGAUCGGGGGUGUGGUCCAACUCGUGGCGUUCUGUCUCCUCUGGUACUCCCAACGAUGCGAGCUCCAAGACUUCGUCUAGUUACGCGCGACCUCACACGCAGAGAACCAUGAAAAUUCUGCGGCCGACAAAGACAAUGGCCAACGCGACCAGAACUCCUUCUGCGUCAGCCACAGCCCCAAAUGGCACAGAAGCUGCGCAGGCGACUCUGAACGACACUGGAAAAGCUGCAGCUCAGUCAGAUUCUGGCGGAGAGGCUAAAGGUUCUCAAUCGAGCGCGACGGCACGAACUAAUCCAAUCGGAUCCGGUACUGCCUUUGGUUGGUUAAACACGGGGCCGCAACGGAGAACAACGGCGAACAGUUGAGCGGAGGGCUAAUAGAAGACUCUCGCUCCGAACCAGGAUAGUUGAUCUUCAACUGAGAACUUGAUGAAGUCCGUUUGAUGCCAUGAUGAUGAAGGUAAUGGGGGAUCGAGAGGCGGGCAGGAAGAGGAUGGUCAGAAGGGCGGGCUUCACUUGGUAUUGACGUGUACUCUAGGCCGUUGUCUGACCUCGUCGCAUGGAGACGUGGGACAGUCAGGGCAGAUAGAACUCAGAAGAGUCUCGUACGAGGCAAAUCUUGCAAAAGUAAUCCAGACAUUCAUAUUCACAAAAUGAAGGAUGCAUGAGGCUGCGUCCCCCACACGCUGCCUGUGGGAAUUC